AUGGGACCUGCGCAGCGCCGCACAUGGUUCGAUGCGCUUCCUGCGCAUCCCAUUUUUGGGCAAGAUGCAUCGGAUGGUGCGGGGCAGGAUGCUCGUGCACAGCUGCUUGCGAUGCGCGGCACAGACUUGAUUGCAGUGGUGCAAAACGAGGUGCGCAUCACAAGUCUCGCACAGGCAAAGCGCGCGCUGAGCGACGAGCGUGGCGAGGCGCUGGCGUACAAGGUGCUUACCGAUCCACUGCUUGAUUUCACUAUCUGCCAAGUACUUGUGAAUCCUACCGGGAAGCUGCUUGCCGUUGUGGGCAAGUACAGCAUAGUGCUGUUUGCCCUGCCUCGCCGGGGGUACAUGAAACAAGUCGGCGCGCGCGUGCGCACAAAGGCGGUGCGUAUCGGCGCAUACUACCACGAUUCACAUGGGUGUGGACCGAUUGCGCAGUGCGCAUGGCACUUGCUUGGGCGCGAGGGUGCGAGCUUGGUCGUGCUCACCGAGGACGCUAUUCUGCGCGAGUACGAUGUAGGGCGCGAUGCGGACGAGCCGCAGCAGACAAUAGCCUGUCUGCCGUCUGCAUCCGCAUUGCAUACGCGCGCCAUGUUUUCCGCUGACGACGACGAUGGCGCAUGUGCGGUUGCGUUCGCGUUCGGGAACGACGACGCGGCGAGCUGGACGAUGCGCGAUGCAGAUAGCAGCACCGACGGAAGCGCAUCGCCGAUGCCAAGCUGGGCACUGCUGAGCGUGUUUGUGCUUAUGCGCAACGGCGACGUAUGGUGCAUUUGCCCGUUUAUGCCCAAGUACGCGAGCAUGCCCCGCGUCUUUGUCGAGUCGCUCGCCGCGUGUGAAGCGCAAGACGGCGCGGAAACGUGUCCUAUGCGCGCACGGUACCUGCACGACCUGUGCCGGCAAUUUUCCCAUGCCACGGAGGCAGCUGAGCUGAGCACCACCACGGGCGACGUAUCUUUCGCGUCCUGCCCAGAGCAUGCGGCAAUGCUCGACGUAGUAUCGCCUGCUAGCGUCGCACAUCGCGUCAUGCCGCAAGGUCCUUUUUUGCUGCGCCCUGCGCCUGUCGAGCUGAAUGACGACGUGGCACCUGUUGCUUCCGGCCUCUUUUUCGCACAGAUCCGCGCGCAAGCCGCAAGUACCGCGCCGCUCGACAUUUGCGGUAUUGCGUUCUGCGACGGCAGCAUCCAGCUCUGCAUUCUCGCCGAGCCCACUGUGCCGCGCUGGGCGACGCAAACAGCGGCGGAGCCUCCGACGCUGGUUGUGUACGAGAGCAUCGAUUUGGGGCUGGACAAGCAUUGCGCGUACACCCAGCUCCAGGAAGCGAAUGCAACUGUGUUUGUCAAGGACCCACUAUACCCCGAUACCGUCUUUGUCACACAUGCAUUUGGCGUGCAUUUGAUCGAUAUGCGCCCGUGGACCGUCGCGCUCCUCGAUGCGGUUGGCAACGACGCGCCGGACGCUGUGUCGCGUGUGAUUGCCGACGCAAAAAAGAGCGUCGUUGUGCCGCUAGUCGAGGCUCAAGAUGCACAUGGAUUUGCACAGGUUGUUGGCGCAGUGCUGAUCAACGAUGUAUACCUCUCCUACUCUUUCCUUGCACUUACCGCCGCUGCACAGCUUGUGGCUGUGGAGUUGGGGCUGCGUGUGGACACACAAGCUGACGUGUGCGCUCCUACCGAUGCGCUGUACACAUCGCUACUCGCCGAGACGCCGUUUGCGCCUCCCCGUGCUUUUGCAGCUCCGUUGAGGAGGGUCGACGCGCCGCGUGAAACCAUUUGCGCCACGCCCAGUGCACUGCGCACGUUUGGCAAAUGCGCCGAGCAAGCUCGUACAAACAUGCGCGACGUCGUCAACGCCGCAAACGAGGUCCAAUCGCGCGUUGCGUUGCAAAUGCGCGAGAUGCAGCGCCAAGUUGCACAGCUAGAUAACAUUGUGUACCGCGUCCAGGCGCUCGGCAGCGGCGACGUGAAUCCUUUGCACGCGCGCGUCGAACGCAUCCAGGAGGGCCAACGCGCAACGAUGCGCCGCUUGGAUACGCUGCUCCAGCAGCUUAUGGAUGAGCAUCAGCCGCAGCUGUCGAUCUACGAGCGCCGCUGGUUUGACGAGCUGCAGCGCAUGGCAAGCGAAUUUGGCGUGGGCGAUACCAAACGGGCAGCCGCACAUGAGCAGCUCAAGAAGCUCGAGCACCAGCUACAUGUGCUGCGCCCGUCGUUUGCUGUGCUCGCUGCGGAACGUGCGCAUACGCUUCCGGCUGACCAGCGUCUCGGCACGCAGCAGCUACAGCGCGUAGAGACAUUGCUCGUACACGAGUCUACUGUACUCGCGCAGGCACGUGCAAAAAUCCAGCGCCUGCAGCAGGCAGUGGGGCGUUGA